GAAAAAUAGGAGAAAAAAAAAAAAGAGGUUGUGAAACGAGUCUGGUCUGGAGGCGACGGGUCUCAGGCGAGAAAGCUGAUGUUUACUUCAUGUUUAUCUGAAGAACGGAGGAGAAAACUUUUAUAUUUGCUGCAGGAAAAUGAUUUAUAUGAAGAGACAAUAAGGAUGCUUUGAUUUCCCUGGUUGAACAUACUUCCAGCAACUUUUCAUCUCCAGAAACAAACACACUUGGGUGUGGCGAGUCAUGGGGAGUUUCAAGGGCCACGCACUCCCUGGGAGCUUCUUCCUCGUGGCUGGGAUCUGGUGGACAGGAAAGUACUCCCUCUGGCACGCCACCCGCAGGAACAAGAACAUUGGAUCGACUCGAUUGGCCAGCAGAGCCUCACAGCGCCGCCUGGAGAUCAUCGAAAGCUCUGUCAUACUCUUCUUCUCUUUUGUUGGGAUGCUGGCAGAGCAGUUUGCUGCGGGUGGACCGGGGCUCCAGUUGUACGACUUUGCAGAGAAGCACUGGGAACAACUGAUGAACUGGCAGCACGCCACCAUGUACCUCUUCUUUGGCCUGGCCGGGACUGUGUCUCUGGUUAUCCACACCACAGAGGCUGCUCCGCUGGCUCUGGAUAGGUUAAUGCUGGCCAUCGCUUUCUUUAAUGAAGGAUUUCUCUUCCUCUACCAUCUCCAUGGCAGAAGUAUGCUGGACGUCCAUGUGCAUCAACUCCUGCUCUAUGCCGUCUUUGGAGAGGCUCUUGUUGCCUGCCUGGAGGUCUUCCACCGAGGCAACAUCAUUCUGGAGCUGCUGCGGUGCACCCUCACUAUCCUGCAGGGAAGCUGGUUCUGGCAGAUCGGUUUUGUGCUGUACCCUCCCAGUGGCCCUGAGUGGGACCUAAAGGAUCACAACAAUAUGAUGUUCAUCACCAUGUGUUACUCCUGGCACCUCGCCUUCGCCAUGCUCGUCGUAAGCGUGCUCUAUUGCACCGUCAGCUGUGUGGUUCGCUCCAGAUUGAAGAGGACUCCUCCGAUGGAAAUGGGACUCCUGAAGCCCAGAGAGAGGGAUGCAGAGUCAGAGGAUGAGAUUUUAUGAAGAGGACUGUUGUUCACCCACAUUGUGACUCAUAUAUAUCACAGUUAAAUCAGGGAUGUAAUGUUUGCAGCAAUAGGACAGGAAGCAAGGCAUGCAGACAAAAAAAGGGACAAAGACAUGGUUUCUGGAUGCUUUCCUUUAGAAACACUUGUAUAUCUCUACCUCUGCCUUAUUUAAUCAGCUGUACACCGCCUUUAGCCUUACUCUUAUUGUGCAUUGCUAUUUAUUCUGCUGUGGCCUAAUACUUUGCAUAUAUUCUGUCAUAUCUGUUUAAUAUUAAUUUGCACACACAGUAUAAGUGAACUCAUAAGGAUUUGUGGAUUGCAUGCUUUACAUUUGACCCGCCCAACUUUUCUUGUCAGACAUGUUGGUGUUCAGUAGUGCCAUCUAGUGGUGAAAACAGAUAAUAUUAGUACAGCAGACAUUACUUGAAGGUAUUUGUAUGUGGCUUUUUUGUUUCAUAAUGUUAGGAAGUUGACUCAUACAUGUAAAACAAACCCAAUGCCAAACAAUAAGAAUUUUGUUAAAAUUCUUUAAAUA